AUGUCCGCCCUCAAGAAAUACGUCCCCUCAUUCCUCCUGCCGACCGACCACCCCCAAAAGCCCGGGCGCAUCUACGACGUGCCUCUCCGGAGACCGCUCUUCCACAAGGCCCAGCCGGGCAACGAGCACAGCGCCACCGCUGAGGCCAGCCGCAACAACAGCGUCGCGAGCGAGGAACAGCGCAGGAGAAGUUCCGCCGCUGAAUCGAGGAGGGAGAGCUGGCAUCCCGGCAUGGCCUUUGAGGGGUUGAAGGCGAAAUUGCACCUUUAA